UAUUUUUUAAUAGCGAGUAGAUACGGACUGAAGACUGAAAGUCCAGAUUGAGAGACAGAUCCACGCCUCUCGCUUCUACUCCUGAGGUAUAGGUUUACUCCUGUGGCACGUGCAUUCCCAAAGAAACGCAUGACGAGUUUGCAGGCUGUUCCAGUGAAGUCAACACGGCAACUAGAAGCAAGGGCUGAACGCGCAUACGCUCCACUGUCAAGUGCUGUUUCCUGGUUGUGACGUCACGCGCACGGCGAGCAGACGGCGAGCGAGUCACACAGCAUCUUUCAGCGUUUGGGUUUUAUGCAGAGGAAAACCGGGUUAUUUCUUAACCAACCCAGUUGGACUACUACCCCAGGUUAUUUGUAGGCCAGACCCAACGGGAUGGAGGGCGGGGGAGAUGCGCGACCCUCGGGAGCAGAUUAUGUCAAGUGCGUGGUUGUUGGAGACGGUGCUGUGGGCAAGACGUGUCUACUCGUCAGUUACACCACUAACAAAUUCCCCACUGAUCAUGUGCCUACUGUGUUCGAAAAUUACGCAGUGACGGUGACGGUAGAUGGGCAGCCAACUGUACUUGGUCUGUACGACACCGCGGGGCAGGAGGAAUACGACCGCUUGCGCAUCCUCGCUUACCCAGACACCAACGUGUUCAUCGUCUGCUUCUCCGUCGUCAACCCUGCAUCUUAUGAAAACGUCGAGGAAAAAUGGAUACCGGAAGUGCGUCACUACAGGCCGCGAACGCCGAUUCUCCUGGUAGGAACGAAAAAAGACUUACGUGAGGGGUACAGCGACGACAUCCAGCAACUACAGCGUGAUGGGCAAAAUCCAGUCACAUUCCAGCGCGGCCAGAGGUUAGCCAGUCGAAUGAAUGCAGUGGGUUAUGUGGAGUGCUCCGCCCUCACGCAGGACGGACUGAAGGACGUUUUCGAGGCAGCCAUUAACGCGGCCAAGAAGUACAAUGUGUCUUGUUCGGGAUCAGGCAAGAAGCCGUGGUGUGUCAUGUUAUAACUGGGCAUUCGGAUGUGUCAUGUUUAUGUGUCAUGUUAUACCGGGUAUGUCAAGUUGUAGCUACACAUCCGGGUGUGUAAUGUUACAACAUCCCAUCUGGGUUUGUCUGGUUGUAUCAGCGCUGCAGGAUGGGCCAUGUUAUAACAGCACCCCGAGAAGGAUUCCAGAGAGCUGCUACACACUUUAUCAAUCGUGUGACAUAAUACCUGUCAAAAAAACAACUGUAUGGUUGAACUGUGGCGACCUGUAUCAGCACAUAACUGUAUGAUUGCCAUAAAGGCCGAAGUGUUAUGAACAGUGGAGGACUGAACUGUCGUAUUCACCGUCGCCACUACCGGAAGUCGUCGGCUCGUCCGUACAGUCGGGGCUACCACGUGUCUUAUAUUUGCUUGCAAGGUCAUGCAUAUCAAGAGCUUUGAGUCAUUGUACAACAUAUUUAUUAUUUCAUAUAGUUAUUAUAUAACUUAAUAUGUCACCCAAAGGAUAUUUUAAGUUAACUCUAAUUAUUUUCAUACCAAAAUGGCACACCGUGUCUUAUGUUUUGCUUGUAUUGGAUAUUCAUAAGGUUGGAUAUUGCGGUUGGUGAGACCAGGUGCUCAUUUAGUAUCGUACUGUCGUUGGUCGUUCACAGGAGGACUAAACAUUCAGAAGUUACACUUACAGAAGGAUGAAGCGUGUUUGUAAUCUGUCAUGGUGUCGCAUUUAAAUCUUCAUCUUAGUUUGGUGAGACUAACAUGGUAACCAUUUAAGGAGGCGUUAUAGCAUUAAACAGCGAACAAAGAUGUGAAUGUACUAUGUACUAUUUAUCGAGGAACGAACUAUUAGACACAUGGUUGUUUGUGGAUGGGUUGAAUGUCCUGUCCCACUGACAAACCCAUUUGAGCCAUCGUAUCUCGCUAUGAAGUAGUUUCUGAAGGUUAACGAAACCCAACACUGGCUGAUGAGGUUAACUCUGUUAGCGAUCAUCGGACGCUGUAUAAUAUGUGAAUAAUAACAUGCCUUAAUCGGUUGUGUAGCAACUGGAAAGGUUAACCAGGUAUUGCGAUAUUUGCUUUACUGGAUUAUCAAGUAUGUUUUGUUUGCUUGUUGUUCGUCGCUGCAACUCAGCAAUUUUCCAGCUAUGUUUGCUGAAGACCAAUUAUCCCCUGAAUGUGCACGGGUCAAGUAAUGAUGCCCCUCAGAUGCAUAUAAUUUAUGCAAAUAUACCACUUUAAUGCAUCCAUGCAGAGUGUGUGCUUGUUUAUAUCUGUUUGUCAAUGUUGUCUGGCAGUUUCGAUGUGUCUAUUACAGCAGCUGCUUAUGUGGUUAUGUGACGAGCGACGAUUAUUAUUUCGUACCAAACCGGAAAUAUCUUUUAUGAGCUUUUUGUGAUUAUAUGUCUAUGUUUGUAAGGUACUUUGAUGUUAUUUAUACAUAAACCAAAGAAUUUAUCAUCAGUCAUGACAGAAUUCCCUCUUUCCAACCUACGCAAUAUUCAAGCAAGGGGAGGCAAUCGAACUUGGUUCUUAAGCGUGUAAAUACAGGGAGAGCCAAGUCAGCUGCACUCCUGAGUCUGUAGCAAGCUACAAGCUACACUGAUACAUGUGACCAUUAUGAUCUGUUCGGAGAGACACGCCUCUCAAUGUAUUACAUGCAACUGAGGCCAACGACUGUGUGAACUCUCAAGGUGCUGAUGAGAGACUUAGCUUGGUUUGUUAUGUGAAUUGGUUCAGUUUCUGCCAGAACUUGUCUUGAUUUGGAGUGUUAUCAAACACACACAGGGCAUUUGUGUUCAUUAGUUUAACUAUUCAUGACGAUCAGUGAGUGUGAGCUUCUAACCAAGACAAGGCGCCAAGAAAUCCCUUCAUGGCGGCACACUAAUUAGUACAUGUUUCUUUGUUAAAGUCUGUCUACAUGCAUAUACGAUGUUUUACUGCUUUAAAUGUGUUCGUUGUUGUUUAUCUUUUGUGGAACUAUGAACACGGAGAUGAUGACACUGGAUGACGUCACACUGCGUGUCAUCAGCUACUGCCAUGUGAUCACGGAAUAAAUCAUCAAUUGUU